UCCAGCUCACGGGAAUCCUUGGUGAAGGAGGAACUAGAAAGUUUGUCCGCUUUGGGGCACCGUAGUGGCUUUUACCCCUGGCCGAGCUGGCUCGGUUUGGCCUGGGCUGGGCUGGGCGGCUGGAGCCGGGCUCAGCCCAGGGGACCCUAAUGGCUGCGGUGUUUCUGGUAACGCUCUAUGAAUACUCGCCGCUCUUCUACAUCGCGGUGGUCUUUACUUGCUUCAUCGUGACCACCGGCCUGGUACUAGGAUGGUUUGGUUGGGAUGUUCCAGUAAUUCUGAGAAAUUCAGAAGAGACCCAGUUCAACACAAGAGUUUUCAAAAAGCAAAUGAGACAAGUCAAGAAUCCUUUUGGCUUAGAGAUCACUAAUCCAUCUACAUCUUCAAUUACAACUGGUGUAACCUUAAAAACAGACUGCCUUGAAGAUAGCCGCCUUACAUGCUACUGGGGGUGCAGUGUCCAAAAAUUAUAUGAAGCUCUGCAGAAGCACGUUUAUUGCUUCAGAAUAAGCACUCCCCAAGCAUUAGAAGAUGCUCUGUAUAGUGAAUAUCUCUACCAAGAACAGUAUUUUAUUAAAAAGGACAGCAAAGAAGAAAUAUAUUGCCAGUUACCAAGAGAUAAUAAAAUUGAAGACUUUGGUUCAGUGCCCAGAUCUCGUUAUCCAUUGGUAGCGCUGUUGACCUUAGCUCAUGAGGAUGACCGAGAAAUUUAUGAUAUUAUUUCCAUGGUAUCAGUAAUUCAUAUUCCUGAUAAGACUUAUAAACUUUCCUGCAGAAUAUUGUAUCAAUAUUUACUUCUGGCCCAAGGUCAAUUUCAUGAUCUGAAGCAACUUUUCAUGUCUGCAAAUAAUAAUUCAACUCCUUCCAGCAAUCCCUCUGCUGAAGAAAAAAAUGCAGAUCGAAGUUUGUUGGAAAAAGCUGGACUGUCUGAAAGUGAAGUGGAGCUGUCUGAAGAGAACAGCAAGGACUGUGUGGUUUGCCAGAAUGGAAGUGUGAACUGGGUGCUCUUGCCCUGYAGGCACACGUGCCUGUGUGACGGCUGUGUCAAGUAUUUUCAGCAGUGCCCAAUGUGCAGGCAGUUUGUGCAGGAAUCUUUUGCACUUUGCAGUCAGAAAGAGCAAGAUAAAGACAAACUGAAAACUCUUUGAAGAUGUUGUUACAACUGUAAAAGUACACUUUCUACCUAAGAUGCAGAAAUUUGGGUUCUUAGAAUUAAUCGUAACAUGKAAUCUACAGUAUUGACCAUAAAAGAAAAGUCUAUUUUAACUUCUUAUUUGUACAGUACAUGGAUGAUGAAAAUUAAUUAUUCCUUCCUAUUCAGUAUGGUAAACGUUGGAAUAUGAUCUAUGAUAAUACAUAAAAAUUCAUUUAACUCUUGAGAAGAAUAUAAACAUUUGGCCUUUUAUCUACUAGAAUAUUUCAUAUAUUGUUGAUUAGAAAAAUCAUCCUGGAAAGCAGCUUAUCCAAAAUUUUAGAUGGUAAAAGUCUCAGGAUUGCUAACUGUUUUCCCUUUGACGUAAUCUGGAGUGAUAUUAGGAAAAAUUAGGAGUUAGAAAGGGCUUCUCAUUUUAAAUCCUUCCUUGAAAUAUGCUUUUAUAAAUGUCCAUCUAUUUGGUUUCUAAUUUCUCUUAUCAUCAUAGUUACCAAAUACAAGUCUUAAUUUUUUAAUAUAGGUUCUUAAACCAUAAAUGCAAAAUAUAGUCAUUGAGUGUUCUCAGUGUAUCAUAGAUUAAAAUGAUACUCAUCUAAAGGAGAAAGAUACAUAAAACCUGGGUAAUAAAGCUUCUGGGAUAAUUAAAUUUAUUAGCUCAUUUGUCAAAUGUGAUUAGAAYAGUAGAAUAUGCUGUACCAGGAAAGCUUUGUGAGACUCUCAAUGCCUUACCUUAGAUUUCCUCCUGCAUGGCAAAUCUAUCCCAAACUGGAGAGGUUUUAGAGCUAGAAAAAUCAGUAAAAGAACAAAUAACUGGUUUUUUUUUUCCAGGGUAUUUUUAUUCCAAAUAAACCCAGUAUCCCUCUGAAUAAUAAAUUAUUUUGUUUAUCCCUUGUUUUAUCCUUAAGAAAGUCAAGGAACUGAUAAGCCAAAAAGCCCCUUCCCCAGUUCUCCUCAAAAUGGCUAAGAAAAACAAGGGAAAUAAGAGAUACCUAAGUCCUUAGUGAAAAUUACCUUCAARUAAUUACCUUCUACACCAAGGCGAGUAGACCCAUGGCAAGUGAACUAUGACAUUCAGGGAAAUUUUCAAGUCUUUUUUGUCCUAUUUAUAUUAAAAAUAAUGCCUUACCUUUUAUAUCAGUGUUUUUAAAUAUCAUUUCAUUCCAAUCAGAUAUUGAUAACACUCUCAAGAAGAUCUUGUUCUCUGUUUUAUAAGCCAAAUCAAAUUUUCAUCUGCAUUCAAUAGCUAUGUGAUAAAUACCUUUUAGGGUCUGGGGUACAAAGGAUCAGGCAAGGCUCUUGACCUUAAAAUAUUUGUGCCUAAAAAAGAGUAUUGAUGGAUAGAAACACAUCCAUCCCCACCCUUGGAAAUUUCUAAGGCUCUUUGCAACUCUGCCAGUGGAAGCAGCCAGCCCAAACURUAGUCUCUAUUGCACUUGGCCCACAAGUUAACAGUGAAUCCUGAAAACUCACUUUGGAAAUUGGGGGUUACUCAGAUCAUUUUCUCUAUCCUGGCUUGUACCUAAACUGUCCUAGAUACAUAGUUGCUUUCUCAAGGGUUACCCUGAAUCUUACUCCAUUUUUUAUACUAAAAUAUACAUGACAUAAAAUUUACCAUUUUAACCAUUUUUAAGGGUAAAACUCAGUGACAUUAAGUAYAGUCACACUAUUGUGCAACCAUCACCACAAUGUAUUUCUAAAACUUUAUCAUACCAACUGAAACUUGGAACUUGUUAAACCCUAACCCCCCUUCUGCCUUCCCCCUAGCAUGUGCUAAACACCAUCCUCCUUUCCAUGAAUUUUUUUCUAAGACCUCAUGUAAGUAGAAUUAUAUAAUAUUUGUCCUUUCCUGACUGGCUUAUUUUACUUAGCAUAACGUUUCCAGGGUUUAUCCAUGUUGUACCUUGCAUCAGAAUUUCACUCCUUUUAAGGAGCCUUUUAAUAUAACUCUCAUAUUUUAUUCCACAUUUUGAUAUCCAUUUAUCCAUUAUUUUUCUUAACUCUUAAAGGUGAUUUUCCUUCUGCUCCUUUUGCAGCUAAAGUUAUUGUUUUUCCUGCCCUUUGUUGCACUUAAUAUGAAGAAUUUGAUAGGCAUCAAGUAAAAACAAGGAUAGAUGGCYCCRCAACUUGCAAUGAUUCCACUUAAUGAUUUUGAAUUUGACAGUGCUGCAAAAGUGAUGAACAUUUAGUAGAUUGUACUUGAAGAUUUAGAUUUUUUCUUCUCCUAGKCUAAUGAUACACAAAAUGAUACUCUCCUCUAAUCCUGAGCAUCUGCAAGAAGCCACAGCUUCCAGUCAGCCACACCAUCUGAAGGUAAACAACUGAUAGUCUGCUGUAUGCUGUGUUGCUAAAUUAAGAUGCUCARUAGUGUAGAUGUAUGCAAUGCAUUUUUUUAUUUACAAUAUUUUCAACUCACUUAUGUUUAUCAGGAUAAAACCCUUUCAUAAGGAGCAUCUGUACCACUGACUUCUAGAGAUUUACAUCUGAAUUUGCCAGUAACAGUGAAUAGUGACAUUGUGUGAGACAAUCUGGAAAAGCAUUUUAUUUGAAURGAUUAUUAGAAAUAUAAAAUGUUUAGUUUACAUAGGCUAGUUGCUACAAAAAUCUCAACCAGGGCUGUAUUUCAGCAGACUUGACAAGUGACUGGCCCACUUCCUCCCUCAGCGACUCUUUCUUUCUUCCCAACUUGGUGCCUGCUGAGAAUUCUUAAUGUCUAAACCAGAUCCAAGGAAGGAACUUAAAAACUGUUACCUGAGGACUUGACACAAGUCAUUGAAUUAUCUCCAAUGGGGUUCUCCUACUUUUUAAGCCUUACCAUUAGUUAUGGAAUGAAGGGUUUUUCUUGGCUCAUGGGAAUUUGAGGAAUCAACAUAAGAUUUGGGAAAAGUAGGUGGAAGUGACGUCAGCCUCCUGUACUCAUAGUAACUCAGUCCUGCCUCAGCUGAUCCCUAUCCCUCUGSAUAAUUCCCCAGCUCCAUUUCCUAGAUCUUGAACACUGACCACCCCCUGCCACAACUGUAUCUCUAUUUUUCCAUGUAUGUAUGCACACCUGCUAUAAUAUAUUCUUCUAAAUCUUUU